CGAAUUGGCCGCUGGUGCUAAUACUUUCGGAACGUGAUGAGUUUACCUUUAAAAAACCUCCACGUCGAUUCAAUGGCAUACAUAUCACCUCGUUGCCAAAUCACAUGGCUCAACGUCCUACAUCCAUGAGCUUCACCAGCCCUGAUCCUGUCUCGCCUAACAUCGACGAUGGCACGAACCCUAGAAAAAGGCAGCGAACUGCGUGCGAUAGGUGCAAAGGCAGGAAACAGAAGUGUGACAAUGCAUAUCCGCAAUGCUCGAAUUGCGCGAAGGCUGGCAAAGAGUGUAACAAACCAUUAGACACAGAGAUCUUGAGUAACUCGUAUACACGUGCUCUGGAAGAUCAAGUCGCGUAUCUGGAGAAGCGCCUAAUGGCCAUGGAGCAGCAGCAGCCGCGACAAUCUCAAACUCAGGCCAACCCGAGAUCGGCGGUGAACAGCUCGUCCUUUUCUACUGGUGUUGAGCACACAUCGACCCAGAACCUUGGAAACAACGGAGUUGAUACCACCGAGGGACUUGGAUCUCCAUUUCGACAGGAAGUCAACGUUGCAGACGUUGUUGGCAUCUUGUCUCUGGGCAAUGGCAACAGCGAAACGUACAUCGGAUCUUCUUCAGGCUAUGCACUGGCAACUGAUCUCGGACGUAUGGUACAAGCGACUGUCUGGAACAAAGCUCUAUGGUUGCCUACGACUUCCAAUCCUGGACCCGAGAGGCGUCCAUCCAGCUCAGAUACCAGACCAAUUACAUUGCAAGAGCUGCAAUCCAAGAAGACAAAGCCCGUGUCUGAUGCUCUGGGUGCGAGGCUGAUCAACGCGUACCUUGUGCGCAUACAUCCGAGAUUUCCGUUCUUAUUUCCAGCCGACCUUUGGGAGAUGCAGCGGCAUACCGCGCAUGAGUCGGUCGGAGCUAGAUCUAAUAGCGACACCAAUGAUGGCCAGCACAGCUUUGCUUCUCCGGCUUACAAUCAGACCGGCUUUGCGCUUUUUGUGCUGAACAUGGUAUAUUCAAUAGGUGCUCUGAACCUGCGACUCACCGAUCAGAGCUACAGAGACACACCGCCGGAGCAGUUCUACCUCUCUGCAAUGCAACAUGUCGCGAGCGUCAGGGAAGCAUCGCCGAUUGACAAUCUACAAGCAUUGGUGCUUCUUAUCUUGUAUCACUUACGGUCGGAGUCUCGCAACGGGCUCUGGCACUUGACAGGUCUAGCAAUGCGCACAGUCACUGACAUUGGUCUUCACCGAGAGGCUUCCACACGAAAUCUACCCCCACUGGAAACACAGCUUCGACGUCGCUUAUUUUGGUCGGUGUAUGCUCUGGAAAGCAUUCUCGCUGGUGCUUUGGGAAGACCUAUAAGCCUUUCCGAUUGCGAUAUAGACCAGCCGUUGCCCUUGAGCCUAUCACAGCUUCGGACUUUCGAGGCUCGCAUACAGCGCACGAUCUACCGUGUCGACCGAACGACAAGUGCCUUGCAGCCAAAAAUGCAUCGUCUUAUAUCAGAGCUCGACGCAUGGCGGCAGAAUAUACCCUCAAGUUUGCAGUCAAGCGAGCAUGAGCGCCUUAUGCUUCACUACCAUCGCGAUGUGCGGCUACUUCUACAACCAUUCCUGGCUAUGCUAGAGCCAAAUUCAGACCUCUUCCGUAGAUGCGUGGAUGCGGCUGGGCAAAUCUGCCAGAUACACAAGCGUUUCCAUCAGACUCCUGAGUAUGGCCACAGCUUCGUCGCAGUGCAUACUGUCUUUGUAUCUGGUAUAACCCUUCUUUAUGCACUUUGGCGCGGGAAGAGUAACAUCUGGUCCUUCGGCAUCAGUAAUGAUAUCCGUGCAGCCAGUUGUGUAUUGGCGAUAAUGGGCGAGCGGGCGCCUUGGAUAAGACGGUUCCGCGACGAGUUCGAUGCUUUGACUGAAGCUACUAUGGCAGCUUUGCAAAACGCAAGUUCCGAACCAGGAGUUGAGACAAGGCUUGGAGAUGAAAUGCCAGCCUACGACUUUACUGUGUUCGAUGGUCUAGAGAUCACGGAUGCUGCAGCUUUAGACAUGGUUAGAGAAUUGUCGCAAUGGUUUCAAUCUUAG